GAGUCAAAAUUCACGGUUUUGUAACAGACGGGGCCAGUACUAACAGAAGAUUCUGGUCUGAAGUUGGAGUUUCAGGAAUGAAAAAUGAGCGGCAAAACUCCUUUCAACAUCCCCUUGAGAUGAGUAGGCGUAUCUAUGGCUUUUCAGACACGCCACAUCUGAUAAAAAAGAUACGUAAUCGUUCAUAUAACAAGGGAAUUCUUCCGGUAUGCUAUACAAAUAAUUUUCUAGACUGUAAGGAAUUAUCUUUCACAUUCUUUUUUUCUUAAGGUUGAUCCCGAGAAACCAUUGGUCAAGUGGGAACAUUUCCGCGUUCCUCAUAAAGCUGACAGAGAGCCCUGCGGCCUAGGCCAAAAGCUUGUAUAUCCUCGACUUACGGCUAAUCAUUUAGAUCUAAAUAAUAGUUCUAAAAUGAGAGUUGGCUUGGCAGUGCAGGUUUUCAGUAAUUCUGUUGCCCACGGAAUGGAAGUGUACAAGAGAAAAGUUGAGGAAUUGAAAGACUCCGAAAGCACUGUCGACUUCUGUUGUUGGAUUAACAGGACAUUUGAUGCACUGAAUAGAACUGAGGAUUUGAGCGGUGUGACUUUAGAUAGCCUGGAUUGUAAGAUAAUUCAGAACAGUCUCAAACGCUUAGAUGAUUGGGGGCACUUGUUGAAUCUGGAAAAAUAUCCCCAAUGGUUUUCUUACAAAACCAACUGCAGAGGGAUUACGAGUUACUCUUCACUUCACCUUGGAUUUAAUCGAGUUUCUAAUUAAAAAGGAUGGAUUUCCACAUGUGCUUACUGGAAGAAUGAACCAAGAUCCUCUGGAGAUUUGUUUUAAUUUACUCGAACUCAGUUUUCUUUUUCUUGCUCGUGAAUGGAGUUCAUUUACUUAAUGUGGCUUUGAACCACAAAACCACUAUUUGUCCAUUUUCAGAAUGGACAAGGCUGAAUGAAACAACAAUUUGAUCUAUUCUUCAUUGAGAAAGCUCGUGCCCAAGACUGGACGCAGAAAUUAUGCAUCUUUUAUUCUUCUACAACAGGGUCAUAGUUAUCUCAUUUCAGCCUUGCAGCACUGAUUCACAUAUUUAUUCUUGAGUUGUACUGAUUUUUUGCAUGUUCUUUUCAUUUUUUCCUAUUUCCUAACUAUAAAAAUUCUUUGGUGCGGUUCGUCAAGCUGGUGGAAAUAAUGAUCACCCAUCGACACCUAACUUUCUCCAGAUCCAUAAAAUAUUGUUCUCUUACAGUAUGUUGAAACCUCCUCCUCGAACAGGGAACUGUAUUGUAAUGAGACACGAUUUUGCAGAACCUCUCAUUACCCUUGCUGAGCUCAAAGUGAUUUAUAAAAAUCCAAGUGAUGAUAAAUCUAAUGCUAUUAAAGCGAAACUUAACGAAAUUGUUUUGCAUGAGGACUGGGAUUUCGAACAAAUUUUUGACCACGAUUACAGCCAACCUGAAAUUACAAAUUGCAUGUCGUAUUUUAUCACAGCUGACACAAUCAAAUGUGUAAUGAAUACUGUGACAUGUAUGAUUUGUAAGAAAGCUUUAUUACACCUUGAAAAAUAUCCGAUCCGCCCCGAAGCUCAUUUUUCUGAAGUACUAAUGAGGGGUCCUUUAAUUCAUCCUAAUAUUAAUUUAUAUUGCUUCGUUCUUUUCCUGCAAGAGAAAUUUGCCAGGCACUGUGAGUCAGCACAUUUAUAUGAGGAUAUGCUUAAUGAGAUUAUUAAUUAUCCCAACCUCUGUUUCCCCUGUGAAGAGCAUGGCACCGAAAUUAUUUAUCAAAUUAUCACUCGUUUCAUGACAACACGCAUGCAGGAUUUUUGUAAUCGUUUCAAUGCAGAGCAAAAGAAACUCUACCAAGAAAGAAAAAAGAUUGCAAAAUUUUCGAAAA